AUAUAUGUAGGCCCUCUCCAAGGGAUUCGUCGACGCCGCCAUGGUGUCAUUAGUGCAGCAGUCUCCCCAGCUGGCACGGGCUGCCGUAGCAGACACGGGUGCCCGUGGGCAUCAGCACAGGAAACGUUCGGGCCGGAUUUAACGGUGCAAGUGAAUUGA